AUGCAGUCAUGGCCUGCUUGGGCAUGUGUGCUUCUGGUAGGUGUAUGGUGGAUCUUUUAUAUGCCAAUCCACGAGAAUCCUGAAGUUUAUGGCGUACGGAGUGUAAUGCGGCCAAUCCGACGUCUUCGUGACGUGCGCGCAUUUCUCCAGCAUCGAACAACAGUGCCUGUGAUUGCUAACAGCGAAAAUUUUUCAUCAAGUGAUGCAUGGGAAAACAUCGAUGCGGCGUGGCCAGAUGUCACUGAUCGACGCACGUUGAAAAUUCUUGCUCGCCUCUCAUGCUGGGCGUACUAUGAACAUGUUCCAACCAAGAUUACAGAUGCGCCUGACCUGCACUGGUCUGGCAAGUUCGGAUGGCAGUCAGAAGGUCUUCGAGGACAAGUGUUUGCGACAGAAAAGGACCGUCUCGUCAUUGUAGCGUUAAAGGGCACAAGUGCUAGCUUCCUGCCGGGCGGUGAAACUGGUCAAAAAGACAAGGAUAAUGACAAUCUGUUGUUUUCUUGCUGCUGUGCAAGAGUCACGAAUGCAUGGAAACCCGUCUGUGAUUGCUACCAAGGGAAGAAUCAGUGUGAUACAGAGUGUCUAAGUCGGGCGCUGUUGGAGAAUUCACUGUACUACCCAGCCGCCACUGACUUGUAUAAUAACAUUUCUUACAUGUACCCAAAUAGCCAGAUUUGGGUUACAGGACACAGCCUGGGCGGUGUGAUGGCCAGUUUGCUUGGUGCUACAUUUGGUGUGCCGGCUGUAGCAUUUGAAUCGCCUGGUGACCGCAUGGCCGCCGCACGUCUUCAUGUGCCAAUUCCUCCCGCUAACACGCCGAACGACGAUGCAUACGCAUUGGUUCCUGUGACACAUGUGUAUCACACGGCCGAUUCACUGGCAACUGGUCAGUGUGUUGGUCCGACGUCGAUAUGCAGCCGGACGGGCUUUGCGAUGGAGUCCAAGUGCCAUUUGGGACAAAGCAUCGUGUACGACACAGUGCAGUACUUGGGAUGGUCGAUCGGAAUUAUGGCACACCGCAUCACAUAUGUGAUGUCGGAGCUACUUAGUGAGGACUGGGACAGGCGUGUGCUUCGUGACUCAUCAAUAUGGACGCAUCUAUGGCCAAGCACUAAAGGACUUAAAGCUGUACCAGACGUGCAGCGCGAGUCACUUUGCCAGGAUUGCACAAGUUGGACAUUCAUUUAG